AUGGCCGCAGAUCUUUGGUGGGUGGGCGUGUUGGUCGCCGGCGUCGUCGUGGGCGUCUCCAUCGUGUCGUUCGUAGUGACGAAGCUCCGCGCUCCAGGGUUUAAAGUGGACGGCAAGCACGUGUUCAUCACUGGCGGCAGCUCCGGUCUGGGUCUUGCGCUAGCCAAGAAGUACGCACAGAAAGGAGCCAAGGUUUCUAUCAUUGCGCGUGGACUGGACAAGCUGGAGGAGUCCAAGACGGAGAUCGAGGGCGUCCGUAAGAACGCGGACGCAGGAGUCUUCAUCCAGUCGUGCGACGUGGCGGACUUUGCCAGUGUUCAGAAGGCUGUGGAUGCUGCCAACAAGUUCCACGGACGCGCCACGGACCACGUGGUGUGUUCGGCGGGUUUCGCUGCCCCCGGUUACUUCUUGGAGCAGGACGUGAGUCUGUACAAGAAGAUCAUGGACGUCAACUACUUCGGCACGCUGCACACCAUCAAGGCGGCAUUGCCGGCCAUGGUGCAGCGCUCGGAGGAAGGUGGAGAAGGUGGCCACAUUGUGUUGGUGAGCUCUGGUCUCGGUCUCAUCUCGUGGAUUGGCUACGCGCAGUACGCUGCCCCCAAGUACGCUCUACGUGGCCUGGCCGAGUCGCUGCGCAACGAGCUCAAGCUCUUCGGUAUUCGCGUGAGUAUCUUCUACCCGGGCAACAUUGACUCACCCGGCUUCGUGGAGGAGAACCGUACUAAGCCUCCUGAGACCAAGACCAUCGAAGGUGUGAGUGAGCCUCUACACCCGGACAAGGUGGCGCAGUCUCUGAUCAACGGAGUGAGCGACGGCGAGUUCAGCAUCACCAACGACCCCAUGAUCUUCAUCCUCCGCGUCUUGGCUAAUGGUGUUGCGCCUCGCUCUAACACGAUGCUCGAGACGGCGUUGCUGCCACUGCUCAUUCCUAUCCAAGUGGGCUUCGGCUUCUUCAUGGACUUCAUCGUGUGGCAGAAGCGUACGCGUGAGAAAAAGUCCAAGGACCAGUAA